AUGCCAAAGAGAGGGCGCCGAGGCCGGGUGCAUGGCGCUCCCUGCCUAACGGGCUUUAAUCUCGCGCAGACCAAGAAAAGAAGGAAUAACGGUCGUGCCAAGAAGGGCCGCGGCCACGUGCAGCCUAUUCGCUGCACCAACUGCGCCCGCUGCGUGCCCAAGGACAAGGCCAUUAAGAAGUUCGUCAUUCGCAACAUCGUGGAGGCCGCAGCCGUCAGGGACAUAUCGGAAGCGAGCGUGUUCGAUGCCUAUGUGCUUCCCAAGCUGUACGUGAAACUGCAUUACUGCGUGAGCUGUGCCAUUCACAGCAAGGUGGUCAGGAAUCGUUCUCGUGAGGCUCGGAAGGAUAGAACACCCCCACCCCGAUUUAGACCUGCGGGUGCUGCCCCACGACCACCUCCAAAGCCCAUGUAAAGAAGCAACAGAAAAGCCCAUGUAAAGACUGAAGAACAAGUCGGGGAAUAAAUGCAAUUUAUACAUGA